UUAUUGAAGAGUGGAAUGAGUUAUCAAAUUUUACAUCUCGAACUUUGUCUUCUUUUCACGUCACGUGUUUAUUUUACAAUCGGUUAUCUAUUGUAUAUCGAGGUCAAUGAUACAUGUAUUAUAAAUACGAGCGGUCGCAAACCUGUUGGUUGCCUGUUGCACCAAAGUAUCUUCACUGUAAACAUGCCGGAAUGUUUGAGCAUCCACAUCGGACAGGCGGGUGUCCAGAUGGGCAAUGCCUGCUGGGAGCUGUACUGUCUUGAGCAUGGAAUUCAGAAAGAUGGCACGACAGACAGCGAGAAAACGAGGAGCGACGAUAAUAUUACCACUUUCUUCUCCGAGGGCAGCCGCGGUCACUACAAGCCCCGGUCUGUGUUCGUCGACUUGGAGUCAACCGUCAUCUGUGAAAUCCGCAGCGGAGCCUACCAGAGGCUGUACCAUCCAGACCAACUCAUAACCGGCAAGGAAGAUGCGGCGAACAAUUACGCACGGGGUCAUUACACAGUGGGCAAGGAACUGAUCGAAAUCGUAAUGGACCGCAUCCGGAAAGAGGCAGAUAAGUGCACGUCCCUCCAGGGCUUCCUUAUCACACACAGUCUCGGCGGUGGCACUGGUUCGGGUUUCACGGCCCUGUUGGCUGAACAUCUUUCGGGGGACUAUGGAAAGAAAUCCAAGCUUCUUUUCAGCAUCUACCCUUCACCCAGGGUUGCCACUGCGGUCGUCGAACCUUACAACACUGUAUUAACCACGCAUGCAAUGCUCGAUCUCACGGACGUCGCUUUCCUUAUGGAUAACGAAUCUUCGUUCGAAAUGUGCCAACGCAAACUCGACAUCGAACGCCCUUCCUACACUCACCUGAAUCGUCUAGCGGCUCAGGUGAAGUCUUCUAUCACGGCUUCAUUGCGCUUUGACGGUGCCCUUAAUGUAGACCUCAACGAAUUCCAGACAAACUUGGUUCCUUAUCCCAGGAUCCACUUCCCGCUGGUGACCUAUGCUCCCGUGGUGUCUGCUGAAAAGGCUUACCACGAACAAUUCACGGUGGCACAGCUCACGAAGGCCUGCUUUGAGCCCGCAAACCAAAUGGUCAAAUGCGAUCCCCGAAACGGAAAAUACAUGGCUUGCUGCCUUCUGUACAGAGGUGAUGUCGUGCCGAAAGACGUGAAUGCAACCAUUGCAGCCAUCAAGCAACAGCGCACCAUUCGUUUCGUCGAUUGGUGCCCCACGGGAUUCAAGGUUGGCAUCAAUUACCAGCGGCCCACGGUAAUACCCGGAGGGGACAUGGCCAGCGUUCAACGAGCAGUCACCCUCUUGUCAAACACAACUGCCAUCGCACAAGCCUGGGCUCAGAUCAACUGGAAAUUUGAUCUGAUGUAUGCUAAGCGGGCCUUCGUCCAUUGGUACGUAGGAGAAGGAAUGGAAGAGGGAGAGUUCAGCGAAGCACGUGAAGAUUUGGCAGCCCUAGAGAAGGACUACGAAGAGGUUGCCAAGGAUGACGACGACGAAGAAGCUGGCGAAGAAUAUUAAUUUCUUUCAAUCCAUCAGUGUUUGCUUAGCAUGUUCUCGUUUUCUUCGCUAACACUACGAAAAUAUUUGGCUACAUUAAACUGCUUUGCUAUGGUGGA